UCACACAACCACCCAAACACGUACAAAGCCCAAGAAGCAGGCCAAAGAGAAGCAACGACACGGCCAUGGCCACUACUACGUCUCCUCUUCCUUUCCAAGUCCACCACGGGCCUCACGUCGCCAUCUUCCCGCUCAUGGCGAAGGGCCACACGAUGCCGCUGCUGGACCUCGCCUGCCUCCUGCGCGGCCGGGGGCUCGCCGACGUCACCUUCGUCACAACCCCGGGCAACGCCUCCUUCGUGCGCGCCGCCCUGCGGCGAGGCGGCGCAGGCGACGCGGCCGUCCUGGAGCUCGCGUACCCGGCCGCCGGCCGCGCGCCCGCGGGUGGGGAGGGCGCCGAGGGAGUCGCGUCGGCGUCCUCCUUCGCCGCAUUCGCGGAGUCCACGUCGGCGCUGCGGCCGCGGUUCGAGGAGGCGCUCGCGGCGCUGCGCACGCCCGCGAGCCUCCUCGUCGCCGACGGGUUCCUGUACUGGGCGCACGCGUCGGCCGCCGCGCUCGGUGUCCCGAGCGUGUCGUUCCUGGGCACGUCCGCGUUCGCGCACGUCGCCCGGGAUGCGUUCGUGCGGGACAAGCCGGGAGCCCCUGCUGCCUCGCCGCAGCUCGACGACGACGACGACGACGACGACGCAACCACUGCCACGUACUAUACGGCGCCGGAGUUCCCUCACCUCCAGUUCUCCAUCCGCGACCUCGUGCCGCCGCCGCUCCCGUUGAUAGACUUGGAUGCUAAGAUGGCGGCGGCCGUCGCGGCGAGCCGCGGUCUCAUCGUCAACACCUUCUAUGAUCUAGAGGGCCGCUACAUAGAGCACUGGAACCACCACAUCGGGCCUAAGGUCUGGGCUAUCGGCCCGCUAUGGCUUGCCAGGCAAUCCACCUCCUCCUUCUCCGGCACCGGCAGCGAACUCCACGCCAAGCCAUCGUGGAUGCAGUGGCUGGACGAAAUGGCGGCAGCCGGAAAGCCUGUAGUGUACAUCUCACUGGGGACACUGGCAGCCAUCUCAGAUGCGCAGCUGAAAGAGGUGGCCGACGGGCUAGACAUGGCCGGGGUGAACUUCCUGUGGGCUCUGCGACCUGACAAUAAUUCCGAUGAUCUUGGCACGGGGUACGACGAGGAGAGUGUUGUCGGACGAGGCAACAAGGUGGUAAGAGAAUGGGUGGAUCAACGGCAGAUCCUCCGGCACCCAAGCGUCCGAGGGUUUGUAAGCCACUGCGGGUGGAACUCAGUGUUGGAGAGUGUCGCCGCCGGUGUGCCAUUGGUGGCAUGGCCAUGCGAGUUUGAGCAGCCCAUGAACGCAAAGUUCGUCGUCGAUGAGCUGCGGAUCGGCGUUAGGGUUCAUGCCAGCGACGGAGCGAUUGGAGGCCUGGUCAAAAGCGAGGAGAUCACGAGGGCGGUCAAGGAGGUGAUGUUUGGGGAGGCGGCAACGGCGAUGGCACUGAGAGUGACGGAGAUAGCAGCGCAGGCUCAGCUAGCCGUGUCCGAUGGUGGGUCGUCGUGGAAGGAGGUCGAGGAGAUGAUUAGCGAGCUGUGUGUGUGGUAGAUUGUAUGCAUCAUGCAUGCAUGACCGGAAAAGCCAACGGAGGGGUCUAACGUGUGCAUGCGUACUACCGUGGAAGGAUUUGGCGAGUGCCAUAUGAUGAGCCCAUGAUAUUAUCUGUGAGGAAUUAAACUAAUAAAGAUGGUGUGUUGGAUCUCUGCUUUGCUUCUUUUGGUUCUGUGAACCUCUGCUCUGUAGCUCAUUUUUCUGCUAUGAGCGAUAUAUUCAAUUAGACUUUUUGUCCA